CAAAGCCUCUCUGAACCGCCAUAGCCUUUCUGAAAGCCUUUCUUUCUGAACCGCCAUAGCCGUACGAGAUCGGCCGCCAUAGCCGUACGAGAUUGGCCGUCAUAGCCUUUCUGAACCGGCGAAAGAUAAAGAGAAAAGAAACCAGAUCUGGGAGAGUAUAGGAGCGAAAGCGCGCCGAGCGCUGCACUCCGAGUACAUAGAGAGGGUUGUUGGUAUAUUGAUUGACGUGAUGACGUCACGACAAAGUGUGUUAUGCUGUGCUGGGGGUGAAAGAGAGAGGUGCUUGAUUGUAUGGCGAUAAUGACGAGGUAGCUACAGAGAGAAGGAGCGCGGGGAGGAGGGUUUCGCUUCCGAGAGCGGACGAUCUCGAUUCAUUUUUCGGCAAUGCCGAGAAAAGUGUCAAAGCAGAAACGGGCUUUGCCGCCGAGAUCGGCGGCAAAACGUUUGGCGCCAAAUGCAGGUCGAUACCGUAAGACCCCGCGCGCCGCCGCCGCCGAUGGCGAUGGCAGCGGCGGCUCUCGCGGAAGAAGUCGAAGAUAUCGCGUCCUUCCAUCGAGUAAAGCGAAAAUCGUUCCAUCGAACGUAGUCCGGCCGGCGACCAGGAAAAAGCCGGCGGAGGUGGGCUAUGGCCAGAAACAGCGGUGCGUCGUUGUGGUCGAUCUGGUCGAUUUCGACGAUGAGGAGAUAGUCGAAGCUUCCGGCGAUGGCGAUCGCAAAGGUGGACCGGUCGUCAGUGACAGAUCCCUUGACGCAAAGUCGGCACCAUCGCGGUCGAAUGGCAGGCGAUUCAGAAAGAGAAAGGCAGUAGCCAUCUUGGACGACGGGGACACGGAGGAGGAGGAGGAGGGUGAGAGAAUGGAGGAGAAACUGCGUGAGAGGGGGGAGGAGAAACAACAAGGGGAGAGAAUAGAGGAAAAAGAGGGUAAAAAAAGAAUCGAGGGAGAACAGGGGGAGAGAAGGGAGGAGAAGCGGGGUGAGCGAGUGGAGGAGAAACAAGGUGACAGGAUGGACGAAGCCGCGAAAGAUUCAUCAGCCGCUGUUGAAGACGAGAAUGAGCAGGGGGAGGAGGAGGAGGAGGAGGAGAAGGAGAAGGAGGAGGUUCGACGCGGCACAAGUCUGAAAGGAAAGCAGCGCAGAAAACUGCCUCUUUGCCGGUCGAAGACUGUCGUUUCCUUAGAUGACGACGACGGCUGUGUCCUGAUCAUUGAAAAGCGAGCUUCGGUGGCAACGUCGGGAGAUGGAGGGGAGGAGGCCAAGGUGGUAGGAGAAGUAGGGAUUGCACAUUCUUCCGAGACGAAAAAGAAGGCGAAACACGUGGCAGAAGGAGAGGCUAUCCUCCGAGCAGGAGCGGGAUCAGCCGUCGAUCCGAAGCGCAGGGAUUCUGCCGGCAACAUCAUCAAGUCCCCUCCUCCUCCUCCCUCGCCGAAUGGUCGAAGGGCGGCGGAUAUGGCAGGAGGCGAUGACGACAAGUUGGGGGUUGAUGCUACGGCCCGCCAAAAGUCAGUCGCUACCGAGGGCAAUCACCUACCUUCUUCUUCUGACCGCGAUCCCUUCCCACUGUCAGGAACUGAAGGAAAAAAAGUCAACGCUAAAGAUGACCGAGAAGAUUGGAGUGAUCGUCGAACAGAAACAGGCAGUCCUCGAAUCCUACGGUCAGGAACGAAAGUCAAGAUCACCGCUACGGAUGAGCGAGGGGAUGGUGGCGGCGAUGGUGGUGGAAUGGAAGCGGGAAGGCAAAGAAGUAAUCAUCAUGGUGAUGGCGACGCAAAGGCAGAUUGCCACGGAGCUCCUGAGGGAUCAUCGCCAGUCAUGGCGGCGACGAAUAGCUGUCCCCGAAAGGGAAAGCAGAAGGCGCUGGCGCGGAGGCCAACGACUUUAUCAUCGAGUCUUCCAGGAAAUCGUGAUCGGGGGAACGAAUCUGUUGAGGCUUCCGCCUCACAUCUCGAGACGGUCGACUUGUCUUCAUCGUACGAUGAGAAGGAUCGAGACGACGGGGCAGCUCAAACAGACAGGGAUGGUGGUGGGGGGAACGGGCGCGUCGAAGGCUGCUUGGGUCCAUCAAGGCGGCGAGGAAAAGAGGAAUGUAACGACCACCGUGAGGAAAACGAAGACCAUGACAAGAAGGGCGAUGGCGAGCGGCAAGGAAUGACAGAGGAGGAGAGGGAGGCGGGGGAGGGAGAGGAGGGACUUGGGAAGAAGAGGAGGGAAAGGGGGAAAGAGGAGGGCCAGCAUCAGCGUCUCGCUAGUAGUAGCGGCUAUUCCAAGGUGCGCAAAAGCAAUAUCCAGAUCGAUCUUGGUGAAGUUGACAGUGAACAGGAGAAGGAGGUCGACGAGGAUUCCGACGAAGAUUCCGACGAGGAUUCCGACGAGGAUUCCGACGAGGAUUCCGACGAGGAUUCCGAGGAGGAUUCCGAUGCCGUUCCUUCGUCACGCAGCACGCGAAAGACGAGAAGUGCCGCUGCUGCUGCCGAGGCUGCUGCCGCUGCUGCUGCUGCUGCGGUCAAGCGGAGCAAUCCGCCUGCAAAGGGGAAGGGGAAGGGUGCAGCAGGACGGGGACGGCAUGAACCGACAGGUGGAAAGAUGACUAGAAAGGCCAUGGGAAGCCAAAGGAUUUUCAAAGGGGGAUACGAGAGUGUCUCGGAGGACUCGGGGAGCGAAAGCGAUAGCGACUUUAUUGUUGAUAGUGAAGAUGAUGAUGAUGAUGAUGAUGAUGAUGAUGAUGAUGAUGAAAAAGUAGUAAAAGAAGUAGAAGAUGAUGAGGAAGAAGAAGAAGAAGGAGAAGAAGAAGAAGAAGAAGAAGAAGAGGACGAGGGAGCUGAAAUCAGUAGUAAAAGCGAUGGUGAAGAGGAGACGGAGGAGGAGGAGGAGGAGGAGGGGGAGGAGGAGGAAAAAAUGCUAACGAGAAGUGGAAGAAAAAAAGGUGGUGGUAAGCAGUUGUUGAAAAAGAUGAGAGAUGUCGGUUCCCGUAGGAGGGAUCGGGAUUUAAAGGGGGAAAAGACAGGGACAGGGGGAGGAAGACGAGAACGGCGGGGAGAUGUGAAAAAGGGGUGUUUAAGGGUAGCGGGGAGCCAAAGGUUGUUCAAAGGUGGAUAUGAGAAAGUUUCAGACGAGUCAGGAGGCGAUAGCCUGAGCGACUUCCUAGUGAACAGUGAGGAAGUGGAAGAGCACGAGGGGCAGGAGCCAGAAAGAAGCCGGAAAAGGCGCUAUGAUAAUGUGUCGAAGGAUCCGGAGACCCUUUACGAGGAGGAAGAAGAAAAGCAAUUAGAGAAGGCGCGGAGAAGACGAGCACGACACGGUAAGACCUCUGCAGCAGCGAUGGUUGCGCACCACCAGGAGAGGCGGCAGAGAGAGGAAAGGAGGUAUCCCGGAAGAAGGAAUAAGCGGAGCAAAGCGCAGGAAGGAGAUGACGACUGCACGGGGGACGAAGAGAGCGUAGCAAAGGACACGUGGCAUUUCUUCGCUUCUGCUCUGCAACGUCGAAACGCAAGGAGGCAGCCUCUGAAACAGAGAAAGGCGGGGGGCGAUGGGGUAAGCAGGGGCGCUGCUGCUGCUGCUGCUGCUUCUGCUUCUCCUUCUGCUUGCCGUUCGCCCGGCUCGGGCAGAGAAGGCAGGAGGCGAUCGAUGGAAUGGGCGCAGGUACCAAAACCCGCCGCAGCGAGUGGCGAUCACGUUGCCUCUAGGGAUUGGGACCACGAUCUCGAUGAGAGUGCCGACGGCGGCGGCGAAGCUCCCUCUUCCCCGCUUGGUUUGGGGGAUGGGGGGAAGCGCGCCCGUCGCGAAGUGCGGGUCGACAACGACGGUUGGGGUAGGGGAAAGGGGACAGAGACGUUGGGCGAGCUGACGGGGGAAGAGAAAACGGACAGGAAACAGCGAGAAGAAAAAAAACAAAAAGAAAAAGACGAGGAAAAAGAAGAAGAAGAAGAAGAAGAAGAAGGUCAUCUCCACGUGGAGGAUAAUGGCGAUGGCGAUGGCGAGAGUGGUCGAAAGGGGUCGCCAUCUCCACAGCAACGUGGUUCGAGAGGGGGGGAAAGGAAAUGGAGGGGCAGAAAAGCGAUCGUUGUUAGCGACAGCGAGCAGGAGGAUGAAAGACAGAUGCAGCGGAAAGAGGCGGAGGGCGCCGAGGGAGAAGAGGAGGGGGUGGGGGAGAAGGAGAAGGGAAGGGAGAGAGAGAGAAACUCACCUCGGGAUUCGCCGCCAAAAGCCAGCGCUGCAGAAUGCGAUAACGACGGGAAGGGAGGGCGGCGGCACCGGCAGUCUUCCAAGCCGGAGAAGAGGAAAUUGUCAUCAUCAGUGGAGGAAAUGGAGUCGUUGGCACGGCCAGGGAACGAGAAGAAGAGGUCGAUGAAGAGGUUGAAGAAGAAGGAAGAAGAAGAAGAAGACGAAGACGAAGAAGAAGAAGAAGAAGAAGAAGAAGAGAAAGAUGGAGGCACAGGGUCGAGGGUGGGAGCGGCAGCAAUGGUAAAAAGGAAAGGCAAAGGAAGAAAGAAGGAGACUAAGCAGCAGCAGCACCACGUAGGCACGCAGCAAGCCAAUCCAGUUAUGGCGGCUAAGGCUGGUGAUCGCCAGCCGGACACUCUGUUGGAAAGAUUGAAGCGCAAUCGAGAGAAGCAUCUUGGCCUCCUUCCUUCAGAGACGGUUGAGGAGGAGGAGGAUAAGGAGGAGGAGGAGGAGGAAGAUGAGGAGCGUAGUAGUUGUGCAUUGGAUGGAGAGGUGGGCGGUCGAGGGAAGUGGCGUUCCACCAUUGCUGACUCCGUCUCCGAUUCCGACCCUGAGUCACUGAGUGGAUUUAUCGUCUAUGGUGAUGAAGAUGACGAUGGCGAUGGCGAUGACAAGAGCAAACGAAGAAAGAAGCGUGACUCUUACAAAGAGGAGAAAUUCAUCGCGGUAUCGGGUGAUGAUGAGGUGAAGGAGACCGAUCGAACGAAUAGCGGUGGAAUUCCAUUUAUUGUAUUCAAGGUGUAUUUGCAGUACUUGCUUCAUUGCCUGCUAACACCAGAUUUCUGCACCCAGAGAGCUUUGAAAAGCCGAAGAGAUGCUGUUCUGAAUGAUAUGACGUGGAGGCUAGACAUGAAGAGUUUGUUGGAUUCGUAUCCAAGUCUUGAUGUUACAGAUGGACCUUCUGGGGAAGAGUGUGUUGCAUGCAGGAGACGUGGACAUCCAGCCGCAUAUCAGCUGGUUUUUGUGGGUGGUAGCUACAAGCCCAGCGCCUUGUGGGAAUUUGAUUUCUCUGACCUUCUGGAAGAGGCACCUGCUCAGGAAACUGAUGGGAAAACUGACGUGGAGGCUGCCUGUCCUGUCAGGGUUAAGGUUGGGAAAAGGAAAAGAACAACUGUGGAUGUGGGCUGGCACUGCUCCCUUCGCAGUUCCGUUUACCACUGCUUGCAGCAUUACAAAUUCCAUUUGCUGGCACGCUUGCGGUGGGACAUACAGAGACUCUGGCUGAAUGUUCCGGAAGGCGGAAAUCGGAAAGAGACCCUGUUGUAUGGAAUGCUCGACCGAAAGCUAUAUGUGGAGAGUUUUUAUAAGAACUUCUCAGGUUUAAUUGAGGAGGCAGAGCUGUUCGUAGGCGGCGUGGUGAGGGAUGGGAGAAAGAACACCAGGGGAGGGAAGUGCCAGUAUCCGGUGCUUGCUCUCACCGAGGCUCUUCAGAGAGCGGAUUGGGAUGGAAAAGGCGAAUGGGAGUUCUCCUCCCUCAAAUCCUCGCCAAAGAAAAUGGAUGAUAGACCUUCACCCCAUCAUGUUGUCAAAGAUGGAAAAUCUUCUUCUAGUGACAGUCGCAGCUCACCGAGUAGCAGCAGCAACACGGACGACAGUAGCUGGCCAUGAGUCUGGGUGUGCAGGCUCUGCCACCCCAAAGCGUUGUGCAGAUGAUAGGCAGGCCGUUGUUGUAGGCUGUAUGCUGCCUUCGCCAUUUCAAGUGAUCCCAAAUGAGAGUAGCGGCUGGUAGACCACACUGUUUAUUUGGUACUGUGGUCGCUGUUGCGACCUCUCAGAGCACUAGUGAGUUGUGCCGAUGCAUCCUGUUAUGGUCAUUGUUUGCUGCGGCUGCGCUUGUUGCUGCGAGUGCUGGUGCAGCUUUAAGCUGUCAGCGAAUCCACGGGCGCAGAAUUUUCCACGGAAUUCCCAGGAGGCCCCUAGUAGGCUCUUCGGAAGUGGAAAUAGCGUCCAGGUAUUGGCUGUAUGGUAGAAAUUUGCAUCUGCUGGGGGAACCCCCAACUGAACCUGGAUCCCAGGCUUGGUCCCUUUUUUUUAUUCUUUUUCUUUUAAAUUGCUCGUGUGCUGAGAGCAGGUUGGAUGCCACCGCCCUAGUCCCAUUGCUGAGCUUGCAGGUUCAACAAGACUGGUUCUAAAACAGUGGUGGUUUAAGGAGAGCCUUGGGCAACAACAUAGCGCCCUGUACGCGAAGAUACUAUUUGUGGGUGGAGUUGAGCAGGGGGAAGUGCGCAUGCGUUUUGUGGAGUUCCUCCUUUUUGCAGGUACGACUGAACAGCCGAACUUCAAUACCCGAACUUCUCCCGCAAAUUUGUUCUUCGGGGCUUAUCUGUUGGCCCUUGAAAAUUGUGAUAGUGGUGAGCAGCAGGGGCUCAAAAGAGGUUGGGACGCCACCGGCCCAAUCCUGAUACUGAGCCUGCAGAUUCGGCAAGACAGGGCUCUGAAACAGUUGUGGUUUGAAGAGAGCCUUGAGCAACAGCAAUGGCAGCCUGCGCAUUAAAACAAUAUUUGGGGGCGGACUAGAGCAGGUGAACGGUGCCUGCGUUUUGUGGAGUUCUUCCUCCUCUUGGCAGGUAUUACUGAAAAGUGGACGCUUCUUCAGCAAAUUUGUUCCUUGGCUGGAUUUGAAAGUGGCAACAAUGAGCAGCAGCAUAGGUAUGUGUGAUUAUUGUUGUAAAAUAAACGAAGUUCCUUCUGUUCCAGGCAGUAGGAAGGAUAUGGAAGCAGACCUGGGGGGAGACUGUACAGGAGGAUGGUUGGGUAGGGGUAGGGGUAGGGGAUGAGGAGCGUAGAUCACGAGAAGGUGUGAUGAGGAAGAGCAAGAAAACACAAGCUGACAGACAAAAGCUACGGGUAGUCCAGCAUUUGCAGAAUCUGAAGAGGAUUGGAUGACUUGCGGACCUGCAAAUGUUUGUUAGUCUGUCUGUUUCCUGCUUGCCAGAACUUGCCACCUUACUUAGGGCAUAUUCACACUAGGACUUUUUCGACUCAGCUCAGGACGCGGUUGCGAUCAGGUGCAUCCUGAUCAUGGCGUAAUUGCAGUCAGAUGGGCUUAAAAAAGGUUCUCGUGUGAGUAUGCCCUUAGCAGGUUGCUGGGACUUGGAAGCUUGUAUCAUGUCUGUGCCAGUUUGCUUGUCGAAUGGAGGACAGUGGCAGAAUGGAUGUAUGUGCGUUGGUUGUGAUUCAGUACAACAGAAAAGAUUUUGAGGAGAAGGCGGUCAGUCAUGAGCACAGAUAGGUGUAGCAGGCAAUGUGCUUUGCUUUGAUGAUUGCUUGACCGGUCAGGGGCCAGGAUACAGCUGGCUGUAUGAUAUAACUUGUAGUCCUUUCCAUUCAUCUCAAGGCUGACGUACUAUUCACAGACUGAUCGUAGGAUGAACAUGCCAUUCAUCAUCAAAUGCGUGAGCGGUACUGCGUGUGCCGCACAUGUCUGAUCGGUCCAUAGCAAUUGUGAACCGAUCAAUAUAAGCGUCCAUCGCCUGCACUAGAUUUAGCCUACCCUUUGCAUCAAUCAGGUGUGGUUUUCUGAAUGUGUAUGUGAUAAUUGUGUCGUCGUUUGCGGAUGGAUCUCUGCUGUCGCCCGUCGUCAUGUUUCAUCACGGUCUUAUGGAUCU